AUGGCUUCAGAUCAACUCUCGGCCCUGCUUCUGCUGCCGCCACCCCCUUCGGCAUCGUUCGACCAGUUCAAGGCUGCAUACGAGCCCAUUCUGUUGGGUGUCUGCACCAAGCUUGUCCGGGAGCUUAAUGGAGCCAAUCACGCGGCCAUACUAGAUAUUGCGCUCUCCCUUCCAGGCCUUCUAUCCCCCUCAUAUCGGCCGCGCACUAGGGCAUUUUCAAGCCUCCAGUCUUUUCUGGAAAGCAUCUAUAGGCUUAUUGGGAUUGUGUGUGUUGAGCAAGGCAUUGAGCUCGACGGUCCUGGCGGUAUUGACGCCCGUGUGAUCUUACUCGAUUACGAUUCAGUCCAGACUGCCGUUCCCAGGGACAAUCCGUGCGAUGGUCCUAUUAUUGACUUGCAGACGUUGGCGCGGUCUGGGCGACUGUGGGAUUUUAUAUACUACCCGGAUAACCAAGUAGGUCAGGGUCUAGCAACGGCCUUCAGUAGCUUCUAUUCUGAGUCUAAGGACCCCAACGGCGGAUCUAUGAGCGCAAUCCCAGAUGCACCCAAUUGGAAGGCUGCAGAAUCUCUUCUGGUGAUGGAUGAUAACCACAUAUCAACCACGCAUUACUCUGUGGCUGUAGGAGGCACUUUCGACCAUUUUCACAUCGGGCACAAGCUCUUGCUCACGGCUACGGCGUUGGUAUUGCAGCCUGCCGAGGAUGUGGAGGCAGGCAAAGUCCGGAAGAUUACCGUCGGGGUGACAGGAGAAGGUUUGCUGGCGAAGAAAAAGUAUGCCGAAUUUCUGGAGAGCUGGGAUGAGCGAUGCAUGAGUACCGGGUCAUUCCUUUCAGCCAUCAUGGAUUUCCGUAUCCCGGAAACCAGUGCGCCGCGCAUUGAACGAGAGUCUGGGUCUGGACCCAAUGACAAGUACAUUCAGAUACAAAUGCGGCCGGAUCUAGUCUUCAAGCUGGUACAGAUCACGGAUCCUUUUGGCCCUACCAUCACCGACGAAGAGAUUAGUGCUCUUGUCGUCUCCAAAGAGACUCGUGCAGGUGGGGGCGCGGUCAACGAGGAGCGUGCAAAGAAAGGCUGGGAGAGCCUGGAGGUGUUUGAAGUCGACGUACUACAUACAGGCGAAGUCCCCACCGAUGAUGCCGAGAGUUUCGCGUCCAAGAUAAGCAGCACUGAUAUCAGACGGCGUCGGAUGGAGAUGGCCACGGAAUAA